UCUCAGCAGACUUAGGAGCAUCAUUUCCUGUUGUUGUCUGUACGUCAUUUCCUCUCCGUACCCCCGAUACAUGCUGGGAGGUGUAGUCUUUUGGUGUUCCCAUCGGCCUGUGCGGGGCGGAGAGCUACAGUCAUGGCUGCUGUACUGGAGGAGAAUGGCUGCAGCCUCCCAGCCGGGGACUCGGACGCAGAGGCGGGUGAUGGCGCUCGGCACAAACUGGAGUCUCUGCUGAACCGGAACAUGCGCAUCGAGAUGACGGACGGGCGCUCGCUCAUUGGCUGCUUCCUGUGCACGGACCGCGACUGUAACGUCAUCCUGGGCUCCGCACAGGAGUUCCUCCGACCCUCAGACUCCUUCCCAGUCCGAGAGCCGCGCGUCCUGGGUCUGGCCAUGGUUCCCGGUCACCACAUCGUGUCCAUACAGGUGGAGCUGGAGAGCGUCACCACCCCCCAGUACCUGUGACUACCCCUCCCCCGAGGACCUGUGACUACCCCUCCCCCGCACUCAUCACUUUUCUAUCAUUAAAUUAUUUUUUGGGACUUUCACCGCCAUCUUU